AUGACCGCCGCGUUGCCCGCGCCGUCGGCGCUGAUGCCGCGGCAGCUGCCGCCCGCGAUGCAGGAGCCCCUCGUGCCGUCGAUCAACUUCGCGAUGGUGUGCCCCGGCGUCUACCGCUCCGGCUACCCGACGCGGAAGAACUACCGCUUUCUGCGCGCGCUGCGGCUGCGCACCAUCCUCUACCUCUGCCCCGAGGACUACGCGGAGAGCAAUGUGAAGUUCUGCGAGGAAAACGGCAUUCGCCUGCUGCGGUUCGCCACGGAGGGCAACAAGGAGCCCUUCAUGGACAUCUCCGAGCCGCUGAUGCACCGCAUCCUCAGCGCCCUCGUCGACACCCGGACGCACCCCAUCCUCAUCCACUGCAACAAGGGGAAGCACCGGACCGGGGCCGUGGUGGCCUGCCUGCGGCUGCUGCAGGGCUGGUCGCUCGUCUCCAUCUUUCAGGAGUACCGGUGCUUCGCCGGCGACAAGGCCCGCAUGGGGGACCAGCAGUACGUGGAGCUCUACCACCCCAUCGUGCGCGUGACGCCGCCGUACGUGGCGGAGUGGCUCUGCGUCACGCGCGAAGUCACCGUCGUCCAGAGCGAGCAGGCGUUGCUGGAGGCGGAGGCGCGGCAGCUCGGGUGGAGCCUCGUCGCCCCGCCGCCCUCCUCGUCGCCGCCGCCGCCCUCCUCGCCGUCGCCGUCGCCGUCGCCGAAAAGGCAGAAUAAGCAGCCGAAGCCAAAGCCGUCGCCGUCGCCGCCGCCGCCGCCGCCGCCGGAGGAAGAGCGGCAGCGGCAGCAGCAGCAACAACAACAUCAACAUCAACAACAACUCCCACCGUUGCCGCCUCCGCCCGGAAAGGCGGCGGCGCACAACUCCCUGAGGGAGGCUGCAGCGCAGCACGUCAACUGCGAGGCCGCGGCACCGCCGACAAAACCGCAUGCGUCCCCUGCAGCAGCGGGUUCCGCCACACCCACCGCGGCACCGCGUCGCUCCGGAGGGCACGGCGAAGGCGGAGGUGAAUCAGGGAAGACCAAGGACGGCGGCGCGACCCCGCGGAGGGAGAACGGAGAUAGCAAGAAGGGCCAAAAAUGA